UGUAUGUUAUUCUGUCAAAUCACAAUCACAACAAUCGGUUGUUGCACGUGUUUUUCCCCGUAGAUUUAUUUCAUUAAGGAAUUUAAAACAAAAUUUUUAAAUAAAAAUGUCCACAACUUCAGAAGAUGAAGAAAACGUUGUUAGCGGCGAAGAAGAAGAGGAGGAGGAUAGUGAUGUUGGUGAGGAGGAACAAGACGAUGAGUCGGCUGGAUCUGAAAAUGAGGAAGACGAAGAUGAACAAGUCUCGAACAAUCAUGACAACGGCAACGCUGAUGUAGUCAAUGGCAAUGAUGAGAAGCCGGAAAAAGAAUUGACUUGGAAGGAGUUGGGCCUAAAUGAAACUCUGUGUAAGGCCUGUGAAGAGCUUAAAUGGAAGGCACCCUCAAAGAUUCAAAAAGAAGCCAUUCCAGUGGCUCUACAGGGUAAAGAUGUUAUUGGUCUGGCCGAAACUGGUUCGGGAAAGACGGGAGCCUUUGCAUUGCCCAUAUUGCAUGCGCUGCUGGAAAAUCCCCAGAGAUAUUUUGCCUUGAUUUUGACACCAACACGUGAAUUGGCUUUUCAAAUAUCGGAACAAUUUGAGGCUUUGGGAAGCUCUAUUGGUGUGAAAUGCUGUGUUGUUGUUGGUGGCAUGGAUAUGGUAUCACAAGCCCUGCAACUGGGUAAAAAGCCUCAUAUUAUUAUUGCCACUCCCGGUCGUUUGGUAGAUCAUUUGGAGAAUCUAAAAGGCUUCAACUUGAAAGCCAUUAAAUAUCUUGUCAUGGACGAGGCUGAUCGUAUUCUCAACAUGGACUUUGAAGUGGAGUUGGAUAAAAUCCUUAAAGUACUGCCAAAGGAGAGGAGAACAUUUUUGUUCAGUGCCACAAUGACGAAAAAGGUAAAGAAACUCCAAAGAGCCUCACUGAAGGACCCUGUCAAAGUGGAGGUGUCAAAUAAGUACCAAACUGUGGAACAACUGCAACAAUACUACAUUUUCAUACCGGUGAAAUAUAAGGACGUCUACUUGGUGCAUAUACUCAACGAAUUGGCCGGCAACAGUUUCAUGAUCUUCUGCAGUACAUGCAAUAAUACCGUCAAAACGGCUCUCAUGUUAAGAGCAUUGGGUUUGGCAGCCAUUCCCUUGCACGGACAAAUGUCACAGAAUAAACGUUUGGCAGCCCUCAAUAAAUUCAAAGCGAAAAAUCGUUCUAUACUCAUUUCCACCGAUGUCGCCUCCAGAGGUCUGGAUAUACCCCAUGUAGAUGUGGUAUUAAAUUUCGAUAUACCCACACACAGUAAAGAUUACAUACAUCGUGUGGGCCGUACCGCAAGAGCUGGACGUUCGGGUAAAGCCAUAACAUUUGUCACCCAAUACGAUGUGGAAUUGUAUCAACGUAUCGAACAUUUGUUGGGCAAACAAUUGCCCCUGUACAAGUGUGAAGAGGAUGAGGUAAUGGCCCUGCAAGAACGUGUCAGUGAAGCUCAGCGCACUGCCAAAUUGGAACUUAAGGAUAUUGAGGAGUCGAAAGGUGCCAAGGGUCGUUUUAAGAAAGGUGAUGGCGGUGAUGAUUUUGAUGAUUCAGAACAAUUCACGGGUGCCCGUAAACGUCUUAAGACCGGCGGCGGCGGUGGUGGUAAAAAUAAUUGGAAAAAGGCCAAAAGGAAGUAGAGGAAAUAUUCCGAUUGUAUGUUUGUUUCUUGUAUUUUACAAAUAUCAGAUUAGAUUAUAGGCAUAUUUUAUAUGAAUCAAACUUGUAAAAGAAAAUAUAUAGAGAAAAUAUAUUUUUGAAAAACAGAAGAUAAA